AUGGAGGGGGAGCAGCCACGCGGCAUCCUUGCUGAAAAAAAUCAAGAGACGGCUAUUUUUUUUAGGGUUUCUUUUCCCUUCGUCCUAACUCAUCGCCUCCCGCCUUGCAGGCUGUCCCGCUAGCGGGGAGCGUUUGCCAUGGACAGCGCUCACGUAAGCAGAUACCGCCUGAGCGGUGAGUACGUCUGGAUUCAGCGCAGCGCCUACGCCGUGGCCUUCGACGAGCGCUUCUCCAUCCCGCUGGACCCAGCGGCGCUGGAGGAGAACAGUCUGCGCUUCUCCGUCUUUGGCAUCGACGAGGACGAGCGGAACGUCAGCACCGGCGUGGCUGAGCUCAAGCUCUCCGACCUGGACCUGGCCACGCGUCCCUUCAACGCCUGGCUCUACCUGCAGGACAUGAACAAGGCGGUGGACACGGUGGGGGAGAUCCUGCUCUCCCUGAGCUACCUGCCCACGGCCGAGCGGCUGACGGUGGUGGUGGUCAAAGCCAAGAACCUCGUGUGGACCAACGGCAAAGUGACCGCAGAUCCCUUCGUCAAGGUGUACCUGCUGCAGGACGGGAGGAAGAUCAGCAAGAAGAAGACAGCGGUGAAGAGGGACGACACCAACCCUGUGUUCAACGAGGCCAUGAUUUUCUCGGUGCCGGCCAUCGUGCUCCAGCCGGGUCGCCCUCGCAUGCGCUGGGGGCUGCGAACGGACCCCCCCGAGGGAGGAGCCCUCCCUUCAAAUGGACCAAAAACCAGCACCGACCUCCCCAAACCGCUGCCCGGCCGUCAGCCGCACUCCCGAGCAUCCCGCGUGCUCCCCGACGGCCUCCCAAAAUCGGCGGUGCCCUCGAAUAUGGACCUCGAGAGCUGCCGGGAGGGGGUGGAUUUCUUUGGAAGGCGGUUUUUGGUUGAGCAGGGGGGAAAUGGAGACGGGGUUGAUAAAGUGCCGGCACGGCGCGGUUUCUCUCGGCGAGCCCUGACGUCCCAUCUGCUGCCGCGCGAGCCGGUGCCAUCCCUCCGCGGGCUGACGCACGCCGGCCCCGGGGAGCAGGGCGCCAGCCAGGGCGCUGCUGGGAGCCAGGUAGGUGCGGACAGGCUGGGGCUGCAAGUGGCGGGGGUUGUGCGGGAUGAGGUUUACUGA